AUUGUCGUGACGUGCACAUGUCCCUACGAUUACCACCCCCUUAACCGCGGCUUGUCACGUCUCCAACUCGUCCGCAGGCCGUCGUUAGCACUGCACUUCUGCGUAUAGGUACUCGCUACUCAGUACUCGUCAAUCGCUAUCACGAAUUGAAUAUCGAAGUAUCAAUCAUUAAUACAAUAUCGUCGUACUUAAUUCGUGCUCGGCAGUCGGCGCGCGCGCUUUUGUCUUUGGUGGUGGCAAAUACGAGUUAACGAAUAAACGACUGAUAGUCGAUUUCGUUUUAUCCGUUUAAUUGCUCCGUGUCGUCCGAACCGACUGCAAAUCUCGUCCGCCGAUCGCGUUCGUCGUGUUUCGUAUUUUCGUGUCCUCAGUCCUCACUCCGCAUCCGCUACCCACACCCACCCGUCCACUCGUCACAACAGCUGACCGCUGCCGCAGCGUCGUCGUCACCCACUGACCCACCGUCGGCCGCCGCGUCUUUUAUCAUUUGUCUAUGCAUUACACUCUGUAGAGAUUGCUAAACCUUCCCCCGCGAUUCAUCGAUAUCAUUAUCUUCUCACCAUCCCUCCGCCGUUCCGUUUACUCGUCCUCGCGCACUGCCCGUAAUGUCGGUUUCGGCCGUGAACAGGAUCGGACUAAGGGCCAAGAUAUGGAACUCACUGACCGGUCGGGUGGGCCCGAAGACGUAUUUCACGUACACGCCCCAAGUGUCGCAGGUAUUGGACCGCGAGCCCAAGUGGGUGAACGCCGACGAAGCCGUCCAGUGCAUCAAGUCCGGUGACACAGUUUUUGUGAGUGGUGCUGCUACUACACCAAUUGAAAUCCUCCGUAGCAUGACUGAUCAUGGAAAACAAAAGCAAUUAAAAAAUAUACGUGUAUGUAGUAUUCAUACUGAGUUUGAAUCUCCUUAUUCAGCCCCAGAAUGUGAAGGAAUAUUUCGACCAAUGGCUUUUUUUAUUAGUUCCAAUAUGAGGAAGUGUAUAAAUGAAGGUCGUGGUGAUGCUGUACCAAUAUUUUUACAUGAUAUACCCUAUGUAUUUGAACGAAAUGUUAUACCAGUAGAUGUAUCAAUUAUCUCGGUAUCACCUCCUGAUCAUCACGGUUUUUGCAGUCUUGGAACAAGUGUGGAUUGCAUUCGUUCAGCUUUAGGGAAAUCAAAAAUAAUUAUUGCACAAGUAAAUAAAUGUAUACCACGCACAUUUGGUGAAGCUAUCAUCCAUCAAUCACAUAUUGAUUAUGCUGUUAGACAUGACCGUGAAUUACCAGCUCAUGAACACAAAGAUCCAAACCCUACUGAAACAGCUAUUGGCAAACAUAUUGCUGAUAACCUUGUUGAAGAUGGUGCCACUCUGCAAAUGGGUAUUGGUGCAAUUCCAGAUGCCACACUCACCUGUCUAAAAGAUCACAAGGAUUUAGGAAUCCAUUCAGAAAUGUUCAGUCUUGGUGUUAUUGAUCUAGUCAACUCUGGGGUUAUAACCAAUCAUAAUAAAACAUUUGAUAAAGGACUAAUUGUAACAAGUUUCUUAAUGGGGAACAAGAAGUUGUAUGAUUUUGUUGACAACAAUCCAUUAAUAUGUAUGAGGCAAGUAUCAUAUACCAAUAAUGUACAUAUAAUAUCUCAACAACCAAAAAUGACUGCAAUUAAUUCUUGUAUUGAAGUAGACUUGACUGGACAAAUUGUGUCUGGAUCUAUUGGAUAUAGAUUAUACUCGGGGUAUGGUGGUCAAGUAGAUUUCAUUAGAGGAGCCGCUGAAGGUUUCGAUGGUAAGGGUAAACCUAUUAUUGCUCUAGGUUCUGUGAAUCCCAAGACUAAGGAUGCCAGAGGUUUGCCAAGUAGUAAAAUUGUGCCUAAAAUUCAAGAAGGAGCUACGGUAGUUACUACCAGUGCACAUGCACAUUAUGUUGUAACUGAAUUCGGUGUUGCAUCAUUAUUUGGGAAGAGUUUGAGACAACGAGCACAUGCCUUGAUAAAUAUAGCCCACCCUGACCACAGAGAAUGGUUAGAAAAAGAAUCAUUUAACCGUUUAAAAGUUAUGCCGAGUGCAUGAGCAUUAUUUUAUAUUGUUUAUUCAAUAUUUCAAUGUAUUAUUAUUUUUGUUUAAUUAAUAAUUUAUUUACCCGAGUAAUAUUAUGAUGUAUUCUUGUUCAUAUGCUUAAUAUCAUAUUGAGUAUAAAAUAUUGAUGUAUCAUACAUUUUUUACUCUGUGGUAAUUCAUAAUUGGUUUAUUUUUUAAUUAUUUUUUUUUACUAAAAACUUGCAUAUGUUAUUGAGUCAUUAAUAAAAUGUUUAUUUAAAAAUAUUCUCAAUAUUCUCCAUAAAUAAAUUAAUGAGGUAAAUAUAAUUUUCUUAACAUGAUGUAUAUUUCUAUGUAAAACAGAAAUAGUGUUGUGGAUCUCAAUGUUAUUACAAAAAACUAAAAUCUUAUAAUUUUGAUUGGUCAUUCAGAUUAUACCUAAUCUGUUGCUAUAAUCAAUAAUUAAAUAAGGUAUUCUAUUUUCAUAAAAAUAAAUAAUAAUAAAUGUAUUUUGACUAUUAUGUGUAAACUACUUAUUCAAAUUGUAAUGUUUAUUAUUUUAUUAAAAAUAGCAUCAAAUCUGAA